GAAAAAACCAAAAUUUAUCCUGAACCUGCAGAGAUAAAAGUCUCCAGGUCAUAAGCUUGUAAACACUGCAGAUCAAUAUGAAUAUUGCAGGCCGGGGUGCCAACAGAAUGUUGAGUCCUAAGAUGCAGAGGAUACAAAGAUCUGUCCGGAUUAACGAAGGUCAGCUCCUGGGUCUAGCUGAGAAAGCGAGGUACUCACAACCACUUUAUGACUGUGUACUGGCUGGGCAUUUGUACAAGAGAUGUUCCGACUCUAAUAAAUGGCUGCUUCGAUGGUUCAGGUUGUACCAGAAUUUACUCUUCUACUACGAUAGUGAGCAGUGUUCUAAACCCACCGGAGUAAUCUUUUUGGAGGGCUGCUACUGUGAGCGUUUGAUAACUCCUGGAAACCAGCAUUCAAACGGACUUAAGAGUGGCAAGGAAGACGAAAAAAUGUACUGCUUUGGGAUUAUGUACCGGCGAGAGAAUCAGCGCCAGUACGAGCUUAGAGCGGAUACUGUAUCUGAAUGCAAAGCUUGGAUUGAUGCUAUUAAAAUGGCGAGUUUUAACAAGCUGCUGUUGCAAAAAGAGGAAUUAGAACAGAAACAUCUUCAUCUUCUACAGGUUGUAGAGAGCGAGAAAACAGCAAAGUGGCAGUAUACAAGACAUUGUGAAGAACUUACAGUUGAAAUUAAAAAGUUGAGAGAGGAG